AUGUCCAAGAAAUCUUCGUGGGUCAAGAAGCGUCAUUCAGAGACUGCUCAAGCAAAGGCGCAACAACGACAUAGACGUAAGAGGGGCCUUUUCAAAAAGGCAGCAGAGUUCUGGCGUGAAUGCGAAUCCGAAGUCUUCCUGGCUGUUCAAGUCCGGAAAACUGGGCAGAUGCAUAUUCUUAAUUCAUCCUCACGGAGCCAAUGGCUUCAUACAUUGGCUAACCUGACUUCGUGCUUUCCUCUCCCAAUCCAGGAGACAAUGGAGGAUAUCAUACCCCAGAUUUGCGAGCGCUCGUCAGAUCGGAGAGGCGAAAAAGCAUCUACUGGUAAUAAAGGCACAACAUGA